UUAUUAUUAUUAAUUGUAGGUUUGAUGUCAGAUCACGAUGAAUAUAGUAUAUCUCAACCACCACUUGAUUACAAUGGAUCUAAAAGAACAGGAUGCCCUAAAAGUGCCUUCGACAGUCAACCUGCGGGAAGAUAUGAUUCAUCAAUCACAUUACGACAAUUACGAUCAGAAAUGGUUCGUAUGACAUCGGUGCAGGAUAAGCCACUCGAUGGUUACAUCGUCACAUCUAAUGAUGAUCAUCAGAGUGAAAGUGUUUCACCCCAUGAUAUGAGACGGGAAUUUUUAACAGGAUUUUACGGAAGUGCUGGAGAAGCUUUAGUUACUUUGAAUAAAGCUGUAUUAUGGGCUGAUGGAAGGUAUCAUCUCCAAGCUGACCAACAACUAGACUGCAAUUGGAUUCUUAUGAAAUAUGGUCAUAAAGGAGUAAGUAUAGUAGUAGUUAUUAUGAAUACUAAACACUCUUUUUAUUCAUCUUUAAUACAUCUUGACUCUACAAUAAAAUUGAUGCAACCAAAAUAUAUAAGAAUAAUCAUUGUCAUCUAA